UCACACUUAUAGUAUCAACAAAUGGGUGAUCGCAUACACACACAGAUGAUCAUUGUAAAUUUACAAAUUUGUUGUGAUUUUUGACCGCAAAACAGUUACCUCAACACACAGUUAUGUUAUUUGAGCAUACGCGCGUGAAACAGCUGAAAGAGUUUGCCUGGUAAUAAUGCACAGCGUUGCUGGAGCCACAGCAAACAGCAACAGCAAAGUUGUGGCCACAUUGCGAGCUGAUGGCAGUGUGGCAAUGGAGGCCCAAUCCCUAAACCAGCAGCUGUCCAAUUUGUUAAACUAUGAGAUUCGCACCGAGAGCGAGCUACUGCUGAAAAAAAAGGCAACGCGCCCGCACCAACGGUCGUUGACUUGGGCAAGCAACUGUUGCAAUGUGCCCGGGACAGCGAUGUGGCCGGCGUGAAGGCUGCGCUGGCACAUGGAGCACCCUUUGCCUCCGACUGGCUGGGAAUGUCGGCGUUGCAUUUUGCUGCCAUGAAUAACCAAUUGGAAAUCUGUGAAAUUCUGCUACAAGGUGGCAUCAAUAUGGAUGCUAAAACCAAAGUGGAUCGCACACCUUUGCAUUUAGCGUGCUACUAUGGGCACGAACGCAUCGUCAGCCUGCUGCUCGCACUCAAGUGUGCUGUGAAUGCACGUGAUAUGCUUCGCAUGACACCGCUGCACUGGGCUGUGGAGAAGCGGCACAAAAGCAUCGUACGCAUGCUGCUUAAAAGUCAUGCGGAUGUCACCUUGAUAUCCAAGUUUGGCAAGACUCCAGUUGCUCUUGCCGUGCUCACAGAACAGGCGGACAUUCUGGCCGAACUGGAGGCGGCUCGACAAUCGCAGGCUAGUCGCAAGUUCAACGAGGAAUCGGAGAAGGAAACCAGUGAAGCAGUUAAUUCAAUUAUGGAUGAUCCCAAGUCAACGAGAAGUGUUGAAGAUACAGACAUGUCUGUGGAGGAUAAGAUGGAUGUGCUGGAAACUUUGCGAGGGCACACCAACAUGCUGGGAAAUUCAGCUUUAAAUAUGCUAAAAACUCAUGGAAUUGCAGACAUGAUGCAAGACAAUCAAUUGGACGAUGAAGCAUCGAAGAAGAUGCUGAACACGGCGCUACGAAAUGGCCGACAACUUGUGCUCUCUGAGGGUGGACGUAUGCUAUUGCAUGAAACGAAUCGUGGAACCAAUGUGAAACAAAGUACAAACGGAACAACUAUCAGUAAUAAUUUAAGAAAGAACGCUAUCGGUUUACAUCCCAGUACAAAUCAUGCAACUGCCCACAAUUUAUCACCGCAAAAGAUACGUAUGAAUGUCAUCAAGCAAAAGGAGACGCCGUCACCAACGGUAGCGGGUGGCGUAACUAAAAACAAGAAUAUAAGAAUUAUCUCGCUGACGGACUUUAAGAAGCUGUGCGAUCAACCCAAGUCUCUGCAGAAAAUACCCGCAACGCUGGCAAGCUCUGGAGUAGUGCGUCAAUUAGCAGAUGGCACCAAGCUGGUCAACAUGCGACAGUUGCAGCCGCGUCAGUUGAAGCUGCCAACAGUGGCCCGACCGCUGGAUAACAGAAACUUGGAUGAGCAGCAGCAUUUGGUAAACGAAACCAUGAAUGCAACGCCAGCACACACAUCGCAUCCCGCAUCGACAAGCACGCUUCGUGGUCAAAUGGGCACCGUGCAGACGAUACAACUGCGUCCAACGCCAGCAGCUGGAGCUGGAGCAGCAGCAACUGUUGGUGCCGCCAGCAACAACAAUGGAACAGCCAACAAAACUGCGGCAGGCGUGCGUCCAAAUUUACGCGCUGGCGCCAAUGAUGUUAAUGCGACUGGAAAGGGUCCCAAUGUGAUGCCACUGCUGACUUCCUAUGAGAUGUGUCGGCAGCUGCAGGAGCUGCGGCGGCACAACGAGGAACUGCGUCGAAGCGUGGAAUUGGUGCAGAAGGAAAAGGAGGAUAUGCAUCAGCGGCUGGAGCGCUUGGAGCAGUUGUUGCUGGUGCGUGAAUCCGAUGUGGAAAUGGACUAUGUGGACAUUUAGCGAAGGAUUUAGUUUAUUUCGUACGCCGUCUUUCGGUUUAAGAGAACAUUUUUAGUUUGCUGUAUUGACUGCUUCCGCACGUGUUGGCCUACAUUUUGCUAAUAGCAACAUCAUUUAUGAAUUAAUUCAUUAACAUUAACUUUAAAUGUAAGUAACUAGCGUUUAGCAGGAAAAAGAAAUCAUUGAUUAAUGUUCAAGUUUAAAUGUUACAUAUAUAAACAAAUUUUGUAAGAGAGAUCCAUCAUGCAUUUGU